AUGUCUGUUCAAUUGCUAGCAGGCCUCAAUGCCAGAGCAGCUCUUGCCUGUGCUCAGUGCAGGAGCAUCCUCCUGUUUGUCAGUGGGCAGCUGCACACUGUGACAGGAGCCUUGUUUUCUAGUGUUUCAGAAGAGUCUGCAAACUUGCACAGCAGUGCUACCAUGAUUGAGCAACUCGUUGCUGCAGUUUGCACUGUUUAUGGCAUUGGUUAUUCAGGAUAUUAUCUGACUAGCCUGGGACGACACCUGAGACGUGUAUUCAGAGGUGCAGAUCCUGAGAGCCCUGAACCCACAGCAGACUCUCCACUGACUCUCUCAGUUCCUGGAGAUGUGGCCAAAGAGGAGCUGAAUGACCGCAAUCCUCCAGCUGUGUUCACAGCACAACCUGAAUAUUCUGAGCCGGUCCUUCUAGAGGAAGAGAAUGAGCAGAGUGCUUUAUCAGAGGUGCCACAGCAGACUCAGGGAGAGCUGUUCCCAGCCCAGGAGCAGGAGGAACAGCUCAGGCAGCAGGUGGAAGAGGUACAGGAGAAUGGCCAGAACAUUAAGGCAGAGCCACAAGCAGAGCUGCCCGAAGCUCCGAUUGCCAUCAUGGCAGUGAGGAGGAGGAACAAGGAAGACAUGAGAAGACUUCAAGAUCACUGGAAUCUCCAUAGACAGAGGGGUGAUUUACAAAACCAGGUGAGUGUAAGAGUGGCUGCCACUCCACUCAAGAAAAUUUCUCUCUCUUGUUGUUUACAGAACUUCAAUGAGGAGCUGCCCGCAGAGCUGCAUAAAACUCAGGCUAUGCUCAAAGCAAGGGAGAAGAGGCUGGGGGAAGAAAUGAAAAUCAUGAAAGAGAAAAUGAAUCUCCUUCAGGGGCAAGAGGCUCUAGAAAAGACAGUGGCCAUAAAGAAAAUUAAUCUCCACUCACUGAGGAAGAUGCAAGUAACUGUUAAUGAAGUCAUGGUUAUGAAGAGGAAUAGGAGUCCUUGUGUUGUGAAUUAUUUAGACAGCUACCUUGUGGAUAAGCAAUUCUGGCUGGUGAUGGAGUACAUGGAUGGAGGCACUCUGAGCAAUGUCAUCAGCUGGACCUUCCUGUCUGAAGAUGAGAUGGCAGCUGUCAGUCACCAGUGCCUGCAAGGACUGGAUUUUCUUCACUCAAAUCUUGUCAUCCACCGGGAUGUGAAGAGCCACAACAUCCUUCUCAGAAGCGAUGGCUCUGUCAAGCUGGCUGAUUUUGGCCUCUCUGCUCAGCUCACCCCAGAGCAAAAUCAACGGUUGUCAGUGAUUGGGACUCCUUGGUGGAUGGCACCUGAAAUUGUGAAAGGUCAACCAUAUGGCUACAAAGUGGACAUAUGGUCUUUUGGAAUUGUGGGAAUUGAAAUGGUGGAACGAGAAGUUCCUUAUGAGAGUGAACGUUCCCUCUCACCUCAGCUCCUGAUAGCCACAGGAGGGAGACCAAAACUGCAGCAGCCCGACCUCUUCUCUCCUUUGCUGCGCGACUUCCUGAGCUGCUGCCUGCAGACAGAUGAGGCUCGGCGCUGGACUGCCAAGGAGCUCCUGCAGCAUCCAUUUGUAACAUCAGCCAAGCCACUGUCAACUCUGGCACCACUCAUCAUUUCAAUGAAGAAGAAGGAGACAAGAAUGUAA